AUGGAAUGUCCAGCUAUUGUCAUCCUAUUAUUUGGCAUUAUGGCAACACAAUGGUCUAAAGCGACACUUUCAACGACUAUUUGCAUCGAUCAAGUAUCAUCAUUCAUCACAAUGGCUUGUAAUGGAUGUAUUCAAAUCGCUCUAUCAUCACAAUACAGUGAUCGUAAAUAA